GUGCGUGUGUGUGGGUCCCCGAGCUCUGCUUCUGCUUCUUGUUUGUUGUCGCUGCUUCGGGAGUGAACGGCGCGCACGAGAGCUCGAGAGUAGAUGAGCCGCUCAGAGGUCCACGAGGUGUUGACGAGUCCGGACUGAGCGCAGAGCAACACCUUGCUGGCCAUGGAAGCGUGCGUCUGCUGCGGGGGAAUGUACGGGCUGAGAGGGGGACCCGCCGCCUGAUAGCCAGCCUCCGUCCCAGAUAAGGGGAGCAUGCCUCAGACCUGCAGACUCACUGUCUUCGCUGCAGAGGAGUUCCCAUCAGACUGCCUUUCCACUAUCUGACAUUUGUACACUUCACGUCCCCAACUGACUUAAUUUCAGCCUGUUUGGCUCCACUGCUUUUCAAAAAAGGUGAGAGGAUCAAUGAUGAGCAUCUCUGAGACCAGUCGGCUUGGACUUUUUUAAUCAGAACCUUUUUAGUCACACACGAACCUGCCACAAACCAUCAACGCCGGGCGCCAUGGCAUGCUCCCUGCUGAAGCUACAAACCUUCUGCUGGUUUCUCAUCACACUGGCCCAAGUGCACUCCACAGAGGGGUUUAGCCGAGCUGCCCUGCCAUUUGGUUUAGUACGGAGAGAGUUGUCUUGCGAGGGUUACCCCAUCGAUCUGCGGUGUCCCGGAAGUGAUGUCAUAAUGAUUGAAAGUGCCAACUAUGGCCGAACAGAUGACAAGAUAUGCGACGCCGACCCUUUCCAGAUGGAGAACGUCAACUGCUAUCUUCCAGAUGCCUACAAGAUCAUGUCACAAAGGUGCAACAAUCGGACCCAGUGCAUUGUGAUCACAGGGUCAGAUGUCUUCCCUGACCCCUGCCCAGGGACCUACAAGUACCUGGAGGUCCAGUAUGAGUGUGUGCCCUACAUUUUUCUUUGUCCUGGGACUCUGAAAGCGGUCGGUGAACCUUCCUUUCUAUUUGAAGCGGAGCAACAAGCGGGUGCCUGGUGCAAAGACCCCCUGCAAGCUGCCGACAAAAUCUACUUCAUGCCUUGGACUCCUUAUAGGACAGACACGCUCAUUGAGUACUCCUCCCUGGAUGACUUCCAAAACGCCCGUCAAACCAUCACCUACAAGCUGCCCCACCGGGUGGAUGGGACGGGAUUUGUGGUCUACGACGGCGCCGUGUUUUUCAACAAAGAGCGAACCCGCAACAUUGUGAAGUUUGACCUGCGGACUCGAAUCAAAAGUGGUGAGGCGAUCAUCAAUAAUGCCAACUACCACGACACGUCGCCCUACAAGUGGGGGGGCAAAACAGACAUUGACCUGGCAGUAGAUGAGAAUGGGCUGUGGGUGAUCUAUGCCACCGAGCAGAACAACGGCAUGAUCGUAAUCAGCCAGUUGAACCCCUACACGCUACGGUUUGAGGCUACCUGGGACACGACCUAUGACAAGCGUUCCGCCUCCAAUGCCUUCAUGGUUUGUGGAGUACUGUAUGUGGUCCGCUCUACCUAUGAAGACAAUGAAAGUGAGGUCAGCAAGAGCCUGAUCGACUACAUUUACAAUACCAAACAGAACCGUGGGGAAUACGUUGAUAUCCACUUUCCCAACCAGUACCAGUACAUUGCAGCUGUGGAAUACAAUCCGCGAGAUAACCAGCUCUACGUGUGGAAUAAUUUUUACAUCCUGAGGUACAACCUGGUGUUUGGCCCACCUGACCCAGCACAUGCUCCGCCACUGUCAGAAGUCACUACGUCCCCUCAGCCUCAGAAAACGACAACCACCACCACAACAACGACAGCGCACUGGGGCGUGGCCAACACUACCACCACAACAGGGCCCAAGGAGGGCAGCAGGGGAGCGCCCAAGCCGCCUCCUGUAAUUCCACAGACUACUUCCCCGCCGCCCCUCGAGACCUUCCCUUUACCUGAGCGCUUCUGCGAGGCCACCGAGAAAAGAGACAUAAUGUGGCCUCAGACCCAGAGGGGCAUGCUCGUGGAGCGACCUUGCCCCAAGGGAACACGAGGCACGGCCUCUUAUUCAUGUGUCCUUUCCACUGGGGCCUGGCACCCGAAGGGCCCUGAUCUCAGCAACUGUACCUCCCACUGGGUCAACCAAGUAGCACAAAAGAUCCGCAGCGGUGAAAAUGCAGCUAACUUGGCCAACGAGUUAGCCAAGCACACCAAAGGCCCCAUCUUUGCCGGGGACGUCAGCUCCUCGGUGCGCCUGAUGGAGCAGCUGGUGGACAUCCUGGAUGCUCAGCUGCAGGAGCUCAGACCCAGCGAGAAGGAUUCUGCAGGACGCAGCUUCAACAAGCUUCAAAAACGAGAAAGGACAUGCAGGGCGUACAUGAAGGCCAUUGUGGACACGGUAGAUAACCUUCUGCGACCAGAGGCCUUGAAGUCAUGGCAGGACAUGAACAGCACGGAGCAAACGCACGCCGCCACCAUGUUACUCGACACCCUGGAGGAAGGUGCCUUUGUCCUUGCCGACAACCUCAUGGAACCGGCUGUUGUCAAAGUUCCUGCCGACAAUAUAAUCCUGGAUGUGUACGUACUCAGCACCGAUGGCCAGGUCCAGGAUUUUAAAUUUCCCCAAUCCAGCAAAAGCGGUAUCUCGAUCCAGCUGUCAGCCAACACCGUCAAGCUCAACAGUCGCAACGGAGUUGCCAAGCUGGUCUUUGUGCUCUACAAAAAUCUGGGCCAGUUCCUCAGUGCAGAGAACUCCACGAUCAAGAUGGCCAACGAGGCUUACGGCCGCAACGUGUCGGUGGCCGUCAACUCUGACAUCAUUGCUGCCUCAAUCAACAAGGAGUCCAGCCGUGUAUUCAUCAAUGACCCAGUGAUUUUUACCCUGGAGCACAUUGAUAUGGAGCACUACUUCAACUCCAAUUGCUCCUUCUGGAAUUACUCUGAGAGGAGUAUGAUGGGCCACUGGUCCACCCAAGGCUGCAAACUCCUGGACUCCAAUAGAACACACACCACCUGCUCCUGCAGCCAUCUCACCAACUUCGCCAUCCUCAUGGCGCACCGUGAAAUCUCAGUUAACGACGGAGAGCAUGAACUGCUCCUGACCGUCAUCACUCGCGUCGGGAUCGUGGUGUCCCUCGUCUGCCUCACCAUCAGCAUCUUCACCUUCUGCUUCUUCCGGGGCCUGCAGAGUGAUCGCAACACCAUCCACAAGAACCUGUGCAUUAAUCUUUUCAUCGCAGAGUUAAUAUUCCUAAUUGGUAUCGAUAUGACGGAACCCAGGAUUGGAUGCGCCAUCAUCGCGGGGAUCCUCCACUUCUUCUUCCUGGCUUCCUUCUCCUGGAUGUGUCUCGAGGGGGUCCAGCUGUACCUCAUGCUCGUAGAGGUCUUUGAGAGCGAAUACUCCCGGAAGAAGUACUACUACGUGUCGGGUUACCUCUUCCCUGCCAUUGUGGUCGGGGUCUCCGCAGCUAUCGACUACCGGAGCUACGGGACCAAGAAGGCGUGCUGGCUAAGUGUGGACAAUCACUUCAUAUGGAGUUUUAUAGGCCCUGUCACCUUCAUCAUCAUGCUUAAUCUCAUCUUCCUGGUCAUCACAAUGUACAAAAUGGUCAAGCACUCUACCACCCUGAAACCAGACUCCAGCCGACUGGAGAAUAUAAAGUCCUGGGUCAUGGGGGCCUUCGCUUUGCUGUGUCUGCUGGGUCUCACCUGGUCCUUCGGUCUCUUCUUCAUCAACGAGGCCUCGAUUGUCAUGGCGUACCUCUUCACCAUAUUCAACACCUUCCAGGGAAUGUUCAUCUUCAUCUUCCACUGUCUUCUCCAAAAGAAAGUCCGCAAAGAGUACAGCAAGUGCUUCCGCCACACGUACUGCUGCGGAGGGCUGCCGACCGAGAGCUCACACGGCUCUGCGAAGACUUCCACCACACGGACCAGCGCACGCUACUCUUCUGGUACACAGAGUCGUAUCAGGAGAAUGUGGAAUGACACCGUAAGAAAGCAAUCCGAGUCCUCCUUUAUCUCAGGUGACAUCAACAGCACCUCCACCCUUAACCAAGGAAUGACCGGGAAUUAUCUACUAACAAAUCCUCUUCUUCGACCACAAGGCACUAACAACCCUUAUAACACCUUACUGGCCGAGACAAUCGUGUGUAACACCCCCACGGCUCCAGUGUUUAACUCGCCAGUGACCUUCAGAGAGACAAGGCACUCACUGAACAAUGUGGUGAGGGAUACAAGUGCAAUGGAUACUCUACCGCUAAACGGUAACUUUAACAAUAGCUACUCACUCCGUAAUGGGGAUUUUGGCGACAGCGUGCAGGUAGUAGACUGCGGCCUCAGUCUGGACGAUGCUGCCUUUGAGAAAAUGAUCAUCUCUGAGCUAGUACACAACAACCUGCGUGCCUGUAACAAAAGCCACCAUCAGCAGCAGCAACAACAGCAACAACAGCACCACAGUUUACAUCAUCCACCCCACCACCAGCAGCCCCCGCAGUACCACCAUCACCACCACACGGAGCGGGCUCCGCCCAAGGUGACGGUGGUGGGCAGCGGCAGCAGCAGCGAAGACGACGCUAUCGUAGCCGACGCUUCAUCUUUGGUGCAUGUGGGCGACACGGUGGGUCUUGAGCUGCACCAUCAGCAGGAGUUGGAGGCGCCGCUCAUCCCCCAGCGGACUCACUCGCUUCUGUACGCACCCCAGAAGAAGGUGAGGACCGAUGGGGGAGUUGAAACCUUUGUCAGCCAGCUGACGCCCACCAACCCCGACGAUAGUCUGCAGUCCCCAAACAGAGACUCCUUGUACACUAGUAUGCCUAAUCUAAGGGACUCUCCAUACCCCGAGAGCAGCCCUGACGUGGUGGAGGACUUGUCCCCCUGCAAGGGCAGCGAGAAUGAGGACGUUUACUACAAGAGCAUGCCUAACUUAGGGGCCGGCCACCAGCUCCAAGCCUAUUACCAGAUAGGCCGAGGGGGCAGUGACGGUUACAUUAUUCCUAUCACUAAAGAUGGCUGCUUCCCUGAAGGCGACGUACGGGAAGGACAGAUGCAGUUGGUGACAAGCCUUUAAAUGUAGGCUGUUUAAAUCAUCCCCAAACCUCUUCCUGCCCUUUUGCAGCCCUGACAUCAUAAAGGACACCCCGGUGAAAGGAAGGGAAGUGAUCGUUUUAUUUUUGAAGAGAGCUGAGAAAUCCCGUCAUCCACACUAGCCAUUUACAAACCCUCCUCCUCCAACUGCGUUGCAAUCUCCUUUCCCCCCAGACACGCCACUCUUCCUACCUUCCCUGCAGACCAACAGACUUGAUGCACAGAGAUGGCAGUGCAAGGUUCAGAUGAGACUGUACAUAAAAUGCAGAGUCAAAUUUCAAUUUUAAGAGACAAGCCAACUAUGUAUUUAAAUGUGCUGCUGCUGUUGAAAAAUGUAGAAAAAUUUAAGGUACGAAAAAAAAAAAAAGAAGACAAAAAAAUGAAACAUUACUGGCUCCAUCAUAUCAGCAAUUUCCCGGUCAAAAGGUUGUAUAUACACUUCCCAACAUCCUUGUCGAAGCCUGUUUUUUUAUAAUUAUUGUAAACAAAACAACACCCCUGGACCAGGAUGUGGACUUUGUAAAAUGUUCCAGACUGUCAGAAUAGGAAUAUAAGGUCCUGGUUGCCCAGCGUCGCUCUCCGUCACCUUGAAGUUUGGAUUGUAUAACCACUAGCAAUCAAGCCCCUGGCCUUAUAUUUUCUCAGCUGUACAUUGAACUGUUGUCAAGGAAAAUGGCUAAAAUAUAUAUUUUGUUGUAUUGCUAGUGUAAAAUAAAAAAUCAUGGGAAAACGUUAAUAUGAAGAAACCUUUUAAUUGCAAAAUGUAACGUUUGAGAAGCUAUUGUGUAGAAGUUGCACAUAUGUUAUACAGUGUGUUUAUGGUUCAACACUUCAUUCAUGGUAGUAUGUUUGAACGUAAAGGCUUAUGAAAAGAAAGGAUUCAACAAAUUACAAAGAUGCAUUAUCACUUUUUUUCCACUUGUGAACAGUGUUUUUUGCUUACUGAGUUCAAUUGAUCGCCCAUUGAAAUAUGUCUAUAUGAUUUUGCCAAAUUGGCAUUAACUUCAGUAGAAUGGGAAUGCAAAAACCCAGUUAAAGUGAUUUAUGCAUUGCACAUUUUGUUGUGUAAUUCUGAAUGAAAUAUAUCUUUUUAACGGUCAUAGCAGAGUAAUGGGCAAGGACUUUUGAAAAUAAAGUUUCUAUCAUAAAUGUAGUUCUUCCGCCUGGGUUUGGACAUUUUAUUUAUUAAAAUCUUUCCAAAAAAGAAAUGGGAAAUGUGUGAAUAUUUUCCAGCACUGGUAUACAUGCUGUACUGUAGCUCAUGUUUUUUAUGUAAACAUGUUACCAAGGGGCUCAUCACUUAAGACUGAUGUAAAGUUCAACACUUGUAUAACAAAUAAAAUAAAUGUGAGAUUUUUUGUCAAAUGCCAGUUGCUUUUUAAUGGUUUGUGUUUUUGUUACUAUUGGAAAAAAACAGGUUUAAUUGUUUUGCUAUGGACAAAAUAUACUUUUGACUCAGGUUAUAAGUAAGUCCAGAGCACCUUGAAAGGUAAAAUUGGUGAAUUGUUUUCUGGGGGAUUUAUUUGCUUAUUGUUGUGCUUUUUCUCCAAGCGCUGCAGAGUAGAGAGCUCAUUUCACCGUAUGUGUUAGAGAAGCCAAAUCUUUCCAUGUGAUUCAAAGAUGAGAUACUCA